UAUCUGCAUUUCCGUGACAUCCUCCAUUUUUGCUCGUAUUUCGGGAUUCACAGUAAAUAAACCAGAACUAAGUUCGUUUUCCAUUUUACCGGACACAGACGUUUCGGAGUUCCGAUUCAUUCUUUUAUUUCCAUCACGCAAGCUUAUCCACGGAAAAUAGCCUAAGAAGAUUUUCAUCUUUCUAAUCACUAAUGGUCGGAAAAUGCAAAAAUUUUGCUUUGUCACAACUUACCAGUUAGUAGUUACCACCGAGAAGGCUCCAGAAUUAUUAACGGAGAUCAGAUGUUGGAAUAUUGCCGAAUAAUAUUGCGAACGCACCGGUGGGAUCUUUGCCUUUAGGACGUCUUCGGUUUUCCCGUGUUGUUGUGGCUGCAGCUGUUGCAAAAGAUCCAGAUGGAUCACAACAAAAGCAACGACAACAAUAAUGAUAGCCGCAAUGUGGCUUUCUAUGUGCGCGAAGCCAAUCCUAUUGAUCUCAUGAAUCCUGGAAUAUCAAGAAUAAACGUGGAUUAUUGGACGGAAACUUACAAUGCGGGAUUUUAUUUGCAUUAUUUUUUGACAUGGCCGGAUCUGUUCCUAGUGGCGGUGGAUCCGAAUAAGGAAAUUAUUGGCUACAUCAUGGGGAAAGUGGAAGGAGAAGGAACCAAUUGGCACAGUCACAUCACGGCGCUAAGUGUGGAUUUGUUUCACAGGAAAUGUGGGAUUGCCUCCGAUCUCAUGAAGCGCUUUGAGGAAGUUUCCAACAAACGGAAGGCGUACUUUUGCGAUCUGUACGUACGCGUUUCCAAUCAAGUUGCGGUGGAAAUGUACAAAAAGAUGGGCUACGUUAUUUACCGUCGAGUUCUCGAAUAUUAUUCGGGAGAUCCUAGUGAAGAUGCCUUUGAUAUGAGAAAACCUUUGCUGUGUGACGUUGAUCGAAAGUCAGUGUUACCGGCUCCAAAAGAUCCUAUUCAUCCAGACGAAGUCCCAGAAUGAAAUGUGUGCUCUUGGAUCAGUCAGAAGUGGUUGUUGUUUUUGUAUUACGGUCGAUUUAUUUGUGUGGUUUUUGGUUUUUUGUUAUAGUAUUACCAUAGUAGUUCCAGUAGUAUUGUUAUAGCAGUUCAGUUCCGCAUGCGAAAGCAGAACUAAUUAAAGAUAACGAUUAACAAA